AUGUAAAGUAUAUUGAAUGCAGGAGUAUAAAAAAUAACAGAAGGAGUAAAUGAUGGGCUUAAUAGAGGACUUUCUCGAACAUUUAGUAAAAGAGUUCACAAUUAAAAAGGAGAGAAAAAAGGGUAAAGAAAAGUGAAGUUCACUUUCAAACCUGAAUUGCCUUUGGAAGUGUAAUUUAAUAAAUUAUAUGUAUGUUGAUGUUAAUUUUAAGGACUAUUGCGAUAAUCAUAAUCGUAGAAGACUAUAAAUAAAAGGAUUUAAAGGUACAUUUAAGAUAGAAAAUUGGAUUAAUAUUGAAACUAAAUUACGUAGUUUAGAAGGGUUAAAAGGAAUAGGAUUUGUAGAUACAUAGUUAGAUAAAGCUCAUUUAGAUGUAUUAAGUAGUUGGAUUUCAUGGGUUGAACCAUAAAAAUUAAUCAUUGAAUUAUAACAGAAUGAACUAGAUAAUGAAGAUUGUGCUGAUUUUCUUUAUUUUUUAUUUGAAAGAAACAUUGAUGUUCGUAGUGUAAAUAUAUAAAAUAUCAUAGAUAUAUAUUAUGGGUAAUCCAGGAAUCUAUAAAGGAGUCCUAUUAAAAGAAUUAUAACAAUAUUUAAUAAAAAAAUUUGAGAAAAAUAUGAUACAUUAUUAUAAAUUGAUUAAAAAUAAAUAAGCAUUUUCAAUUGCUAUUAUUAGAUUAUUAAGAAAUAAAAGUGAUGAAUAAAUAUAAAAAAGAAUCAAAAGAGCAGAAAGUAAAAUUGAUUAAACCUAAUAUUACAAACUAAUUCUUAAAAAUUGUUUUACUGAUAAAAAUUGGAAAGGUUUUCAAGAUCUAAUUUAAACCACUUAUAAAGAAGAUAAUUUAGAAUAAUUAACUUAUCUAGAUAUUAGUAAUAAUUACUUAGGUACUUAAAAUGCAUUUAAUAAUAUGUGUGCAUCAAUGUCAUCUGCAAAAGGUUUACUGGUUCUUAAAAUUGCCAAUUAACCUUUAAUUCAUAAUUCUUAAACUGUUGAAUUAUUAAUGGGAAACAGAUAUGAUAAUCUAAAACUUAGAGAACUUGAUAUUUCUGAUAAUAAAGAUAUUUUAGAAAAAACAUUCAAAGCAUUAUCAGAUAAUAUAUUUAAAUAAUGUAAGAUAAUUUCAUUCACAGGAAGUAUGCCUCAAUAAUUAUCAACAUUAUUUAAAUUGUUUGUUUUCACCGAGGCAUUUGCUGAUAAAACUAAAGAAAGUAAAUAACUAUACAGAGAAAGUAUAUUAUUAAAUUUAUCAUUUUAGAAAAAAAAUAUAGAAAAGAUUAUCUAUAGGUUUUAGAUUUGAGUAGUGUUGAAAACUAUAAUAGACAUGAUUUAGUUGAGAAACUAUUAAUUAAUACAGUAUUCACUGAAUUUACUAAUAUUAGUACAUUACGUAUUUUAUUAUUUAUUAUAAUUAAGAUGUAUAAAAUUUUGAUGUUGGAAGAUGCUAAGCUUAUAUUAAAGCUAAAAGGAAAUUUAUAACUUAUAUGGAAAAGAAGAAAAAAGAAGAUCCAUUUUUUAGUAAUUACAAACUUCCUUUAAAACAUAUAGUUUAUCCUAAAUAAUCUUAUAGAAUGGAAAUUUAAACUAAAAAAGAAUUCUUUUUAGAAUACAUGUUUACAGAAAAAGGUAGUAUUGUUGAAAUAGAAUCAAUUGAAAUAUAAGCAAAUACAUUUAGAUAGUCAAAUAGAGCAGAAGGUUUGCAAGAAGCAUGUAAUGAAAUUAAUGAGAAAACAAAAAAUAAUCCAGAUAUUAGAUACACUAUUAAGAAAAUAUCUAUGAAUGAGGGAGAUUAUUAAAUGGAUUUUAAUACAAUUAAAUGUUAUUUAUGUUAGAAAUCAGUCUAAUUAGAAGAAUUCAGCUAUUUUAAUGAUUCAAUGAUAUUUGAAUGGAAUUCUUGGUAUGAAGAAAUUAUUUCAUAUUGUUCUUAAUUAAAAGAUUAUUAAUAUCAUAGUUUAAAAAUACUAAAACUUUAAAAUGUUUCAGAUAUUAAUAUUGAAAUCAAUUAAUUUGUUGAAUUGUUUAUAUUUAAUCCUAAAAUUUAACUUAAAGAAUUAUAAGUGGUUGAUAUCUAAACAAACAAUAAUAGUGAAAAUAGAGAAUCUUUAAAAAAUGCAGUCUAAAAGGCACAAAAUGUUAGUUUAUAAAAGUUAUACUUAGGACCAUUAUAAUAGACAGAAGGAGAAGAAAUAUUUUUUGAAUAUGUAAUUUUUAAUAAUAAUGUAAAUUUACUAAGUUUAACCUUAACAAAUAUCAAAAUUAUUUAACAUUUGGAUACAAUUGAAAAAUUAAUAAAAAAUAAUUCAGUUGGUAAUUAACCACUUAGAUAUUUGACUUAUCUUGAAAUAGAUAAAAUUGAUAUAGAAAAAAAAGAAGAUUGGAAAAGGUUUCUUAGUAUUUUUUUCAUCAAUUAAAAAUCAACUUUAUAAACUUUAAAAAUAAAAGAUAAAGUACUUAACUAAUAAUUUUCAGAUGCACUUAAUUAAUUAUUAUUACCAUAUGAAUAAGAAGUUAUUAAAUAAAAAUAAGAAUCUGGAGAAAUGGAGGGAAACACUAAUAAAUUUAAUAUACUUUCUUAAACAUCAAAUAUGCUUUCUUAAUUAUAAAAUAUGCCUUCUUAAUCAUAAGAUGAAAGUGUAUUAUUACCAUUUACAUUAAGAGAAUUACAUUAUGAAAAUUGCACUAUUUAAGAUGAUAUUUUUAGCGGAUUUUUAGUAAUAUGUGAAUUAAAUAAUCUAUCUAUUAUUAAUUGUUAAGAGUUUGAUCUUGGUAUUAAAAAGACCAGAGAAAUAAUUAAGAGUCUAUAAUUAGAAGAAUAUUAUUCAUAUAAAAUUAAAAAAUUCUCAUGUGAAAGAACUAAGAUUUCAGAUGUGACAACAUUUAAAUCAUUAAUUGAAGUGAUUGUCUUAAAUUAAAAUAGAUAAUUAUUAGAAUAUCUUAAUUUAGAUAAUUGUUAAUUAAAUGAUGAAAUGAUAUAAAUCCUAUCUAAGUAACUUCUUGUAAUUAAAGAAGAAUAAAAAUUUUACAAUAGAGUAUUUCUUUUAAGAGAUAUUAAUUUAAGUAACAAUAAUUAAUUAUCUGCUAACUCAUGGUUAUAACUUUGGGAUGUUUUAUUAAAUGAAAGUAAAUUAGAAAAAAAAGAAGAUGUUCCUGGAUAAUAAUCAAUCAUUAUUGCUAAUCCAUCAUUACUAUUAAGUACAUUUGAAAAAGACAGAGAUAAUAUUAUUAAUGAAACAUAAAAAAUUAUAGAAACAUCAUAAUUAUUUUUAAAAGAAAAAACACUAAAUAAUUAUAAAUUGUUCACUCCUUAAUUUCCAAAAUAAAUUACUCGUAUUUUAUUAAAAAUGGAUUUUCCAAAUCUUAGUGAUACUUAAUUAAAAUUAGAAUAUUAUCGAUUAAUUGUUGGUUUUAUUAUUCAUCCUGAAAGUUAAUUAAUAAAUUUAGAAUUAGAAAACUUAAAUAUGAUUGUAUUUAUUAAAGCAUGUUUAGAAGCAUAUGAAUAUUCUAAAUUCUAUUUAGAAUAAGCAUUAAAAUAAUCUAAAUAAGAUCAUAAAAGUUAAUUAAAAUCAAUUAAAUUUACAAAUUUAAAAGCUAAUGAUCUUGAAAGCACUGAAAAAUUUGUUUAAAUGUUUCUAUGUUCUAAAUAAAUAGAAUUAAAUAAACUAUAAAUAUCUGGCUGUACUUAACCAAUCAUACAUAUAAUCUUGUAGAACAUCAAUAGAAGAGAUAUUUAUUAUUUAGAAGAAUUACUUCUACCAAAUCUAGAAGAAACUUUAAAUUUAGAAGAUACAAUUAAUUAUUUUUAAUAGUUAAUAUUUUGUGAAAAAAUGCCAAUAAAAAUACUUAACUGUUCUCCAAAUUUAGCUGAGAUGAACGAUGAAACAAUUAGUAAAUUUACAUUUUCAAAUAUCAAAACAGAAUAAAUAACUCUAAAAUAUAAAUAAGACACAUCAAACAAUGUAAAAUAAUAUAGUUUUCUUCUAUUUAAAUUGAUUUCAUAUGGAUUAUAAGAAAUCACAUUUGAUUUAACUGAUUGUACAUCAUUGCUUUAAGAAACUUUUAAAUAGUUAAAUGAUUUUGAUAACUUAAAUUUAAAGAAAUUAAUUUUCAAAGGAGAUUUAAAAAUUAAUAAAAAUUUAUUUGAAAAACUAUCUCUUUUAUUUGGUAAACUAGAAUUAAUUUAAGUGUAAAAAUUACUUUUAGAGAAUGAAUUUGAAAUAUAUGAUAUUUGUUAAUUAAUGGAUGUACAUAAAACUAACAAUCUAAGAUUUGAUAUAAAAUAAUUAACAUGUAAUAAUCCAGGAGAAUUUUUUAAGAAAUUUGUUUUUAAUAUAAAUGUAGGAAUAACAGAGGUUGUUUUUAGAGAUUAUAAUGUGUUGAAAAAUAAGUUUGAAAUAUAUGAUCUAGGAUAAAAAAUAAGAUAUUUUAGUUUAAAUAUGGGUUUAUUAUAUAAUUCAAAUGAAUAAUUAGAUGUAAAUGCAUUAUAAACAAUAAGUUCAAUGUUAAUAUAUAAUGAGUCUAGUAAUUUAGAAGAAUUAAUAUUACAUUAAUGUCAUUUUAAGAUAGCAGGAAUAAAAGCACUUUGUUAACAUUCUAAUACUUUUAGAGAGAAAGUAUAGAGUGAGGGAAGAUAAAAAAAUGCUCAAUUGAAAUUAAAACGUAUAACUCUUUAUUAUUCAUUAUAUAUUGGAGAUGAUGGAGCUGAAUUAUAUAAUAAAGAAUUGUUAUAUUUUGAAUAUAUAAAUGUAGAAAGAUUUGAAGUUUAAGUAACUAAUUGGAAUGAUGCAAUGACAAAUAGUUUAUGUUUAGCUGCUUAAAAUUGGUUGUAAUUUUAAAAAGAUUAAAAAAGAGAAUACUAAACAAAAUAUCCACUAAAGUAUUUAGAUAUAGGAAGAAAUGAAUUUGUAGAUGAAUAAGAAUCUUGGUAGAAUUUUUUAAAAACAUUUGUUUUUACUGAUAAUACUCCUUAUUUAGAAACAUUAAAUAUACACUUUAUGGCUUUGAAUGAUUUAAAGACAAGAUAUAUUGUAAAUGAAGCACUUUUAUUCUUUUCAAAGAAAUCAUCAGACUAUAAAUUUAAUUUAAAGAAAAUUAAUUUUUCAUAAAAUAAUUCAUUAACUCAUUUAGGAUGGUAGAAUUUAUUUAAAAACUUUUUCUUUCAUCCUAAAGUGUAUUUGGAAGAAUUAAAUAUGAUUAGUACUAUGUUAGAUAGUUAAAUAAAAUUAGAUGUUAUAGCUGAAGUAAUAAGAAAUAGAGCACUUGCAUCUCCAAAUAAAAAGGUUCCACUUCAUACGUUUUUAUGUUACAAUGUUAGUCUUAAAGAUUCAAUUUCUAAUUAUUUAUCAGAAUAACCAUAAAAUUAUAAACUUCCAUAUGAAUUACCAGUAGAAAUAGAAUAUAACGAUAGUUUAAACUUUGGAUAUUUUGAUGGAGUUCCAGAAUCCUAUGGUGAUAUAUUAUAAAUGUUUUAAAGAGUACUUACAUUAAGAUAGAAAAUAGUCUAUCUUAAAGAUUGGAAACUUACAAAAUCAAAAUUUUCACCAUAUCAUUUAAAUAUAAGUGAUCAUUAUUUAAGAAUUCUAAAUUAAUAUUAUGCUAUGAAAGGAAAUGACUUUGUUGAUAUUUAUAUAAGUUUACAAUCUCUAGAUAAUUUUGCUAAUUAUUUUGGAUACAUAAUUGAAUAUCCAGGAUCACCUUAUCCAUAUAAUUUAUUAUUCUAAUAAAAAACUUAUGAUUUUUUAAAAGACAAACAAUCUAAUAUAUAUAAAAUAAAAAUCAUUCAAACAGAAUUUGCUGAAUUAGAAUAAAUCAAUUAAAUCUAAAUACUAAAAAUAUGGGAGAAUAUUAAACAUCAUAGUACUAGUAUUGAUUAAAUGUAAAUAGAAUAUGAUUUAAAUGAUGAUCUAAUAGAUGAAAUGUUUAAAUAAGGUUAUGAUGAAAGAGAUAUCAUAUCUUUAAUAAGAAUUAUACCUCCUUCUAAAAUUAGAAUACAAAACUCUCUAAGUAUUUAAGCAAUUAAAGGAAUAUAUUCUAUACUUUAUGAUACCUAUUAUUUUAAAUAUGCAAUGAUAAGUUAUAGUUUUGAUAAUUUCCUCAACAUUGGUAUUGGAUAUUCCUUAAGAGAAAUCUUUUAUAAUUAUAAUGCAACUGGACCAAUACGUAGAUUCAUGAAAAUGUUUUUCUAUAAAUUCUUUAAUUUCUUUGUCAAACCCACAAAGAAAUAUAUAUUUAAUGAUGAAGUAAAGCAACUAAACAAUUAUUUAUCCUAAUAAAAGUUUUACUUCUUCAUUAUAGUAAUAACAAAUAUUCUAUUUUUCGUAAUAACUUUAGCUGGUCCCUAUUUGCUUACAUAUAAAUUAAUAGAUAGAGAUCCAACUUAAUUAACUAAAUCUUAUAUAUGUACCAAUGGAAUCAGUAAAGAAGCAUCAUAUUUAUAUUAUGCUUUUGCUCUAGUCACACUGAUAACAGAAGCAAUCUUAUAUUAUAAAGUUGCCUAAAUAGUUCCUCAUCAUACAGAUAGAAUUAUUGUUAACAAGAUAACAUAUCAAGAAUAAUAAGACAAUCCAAAUCCAUAAAAAAAUUUGGAUUUUAUUUAAGAAAAAUUAGCCAAUAAGAUUCUUCCUGCAUCUGAAGAGGAUUCAUAAAAUAUCUAAAAGAAAUCAUCUACUUAAUAAUAGCCUUAAAUGCUAGAAAAUAGUGUAUUCUCAAGAAUGGCUACAGCUGUCAAUAAAAGAAUUACAUCUGUUACUGGUAAAUUUACAUCUGCUGUUACUGCAUAAGCUGAAGAUUUCACUUAAUCUAAAUGGGGAACCUUUUUUAGUUAUACCUUGACAUUACUAUCAUCAUAAUUAUUUAAAUUCGAUCUCUACAAUGAUGUUGUAUUCAUUUUGAAUGCCUACAAUUGCGAAGAAUUCAUUGUCUUUGUUAUAGCGCUUAUUACUACUGCUUUCUCUUAAGGAAUCUUUAUCUUGUAUUUCCUUUAUCUUAUUGGUGUCAGAGUAGUUCAAACGUAAAAAACUGCUAAAUUACUUUCAAGUAAAUUUAUUAAUGAUUUCUAUGCUAUCAGUUUUCUAGGUAGAAAUGCAGCAUUAUCAGCACUUCUAGAUACAACUGCUCCCUUUAAUGUUAUUAUCAUUCCCAACACAAGAAUAGGAAGAUAUUUAUUCCCUCAUCAUGCUGGAAAAGCAAUGAGUAAUUUGGUUAAAUCUUAUUUCUUUUAAUUUUUAUGUGAAGAUUUACCUUAAACUCUUUUAUAAAUGUACUUUAUAGUCAGUCAAGCCAUCAAAAGAACAAAAGAACUUCAAGUCUAAGUAUACAUUUCUAUUUGUACUGCAAUAUUCACUGCCAUAUUAUCAUUUUAUAAGUAAUCUAUAUCCUUUAUUUUUUAGGUUUUUAUCAAUCAGACCCACCAAUUUAUUAUAAGAUGACUUUGAUCUAUUAUCAGUCAAAUUAUCUAAUGGAUAUAAUUAAUAAAUUUAACAUGCCUUAUAAUAAGAACAAACUCAAAUUUAAAGUUUUAUUGAUUUAUACAAUAAUUCUGAUCAAGAACUUGUCCAAAUUGAAUAAUCAUAAGAAGAAAGAUAGUCUUUAUUAAAUUGA